GCUGGGCAGAACGUGAUCUGGCUUGACGGAAAAGCCAGUGGUCCUGGAACCGUUGAGAAAAUUUCUCCCGGGAGACAUGUCAGGCAAAACGAAUGGCAACCGGAAUGGAACAACAUGUUCCUUCUGCCAAACGGCAUGGGUCACUGCUACGAUUACAUCUCCGACUAUGAGUGUAUUUUUAACCAUCCCAUCCAUCACGUGGACAAUCAACACUUACAGGAAAAUCAAGAGCGCUGGCAGAAAUUACAAGACGCCAAAACUCAAGGUUUGCCCUUACAAAUCAAAGAUCUUGCUCACUUUACAAAUCAUGGAGCCGCCCAUCAGAUCGUUAAUGAUGAUGGCUUCCGAGGUGGGCUAAAGAAAAUCAAUGAAGACGAAAACCAUGAUGAUGUUUUCGCAAAGCUCUCGUGGUGGAGUCCAGUAUUUACAGAUGCAGAGAGAAAUAGCCUUCGUGGGCAUCUUGGAGAAGUCAUACAACCUUUCACUGAUCCGGAAGAGGGUGAUGACCUAGAUGCCUUGAAAAAACAAUUCGCUACUUCUGAUGCCUUCCAGCCUAAAGCUUGGCGGUAUGGAAGACACUUAUUUCGGUAUGACCUAAACGAGUUGUGUGAAAAUUACAGCCAACUUAUCAAUGACGAGCCGCAGUACAAAAUAUUGGGAACGUUUGGCUACAAGAAGGAAGUUAUGCAUGCUGUUCUUGUUUGUAGCGAAGCAGAUGGCGUUUGGCAGUUUUCAGACUAUCCAGAUGUGCCAGAGGAAGAUUUCAACAAUGAAGCAGUAGUUGUUACCCGUGAUGAUGAUAGCAACUGGUAUUGGAGACCUCAGGCAACCGGAGGAGAUGAGAUUCUACGCCUCCGAGCACAUUGGCAAAGUUAUCCGCAAUAUCGUAGGUGGGAACACGUGGCCUUUGCUUUUCACAUCCCUGACGACGAGAUAAUGGUGUGCGAUUCCCCUCUCGACCAUCAUUGUACACUUGGCUGGAAAUGGUGA